UUAUCUUCGAGGACUAUGGAUAAAUCAAAAAGAAAAAAUUCUGUCCUUGGUCGAAUGAAGCGAGUGAUUUCAUCACCUUUGUUCGAAUUUAAUGAGGAGACAUCAAAAGGCGUUGAAAAUUACCAUAGCAACAGGUUUGAGCUUGGCGUUGGAGAAAGACUCGACCAAGAUAUCAAUCAAAACAUUAUUAAGUUCCGAAACGUCUCGAGUGCUAAUCUGCUGAGGAAGAGAAGCCUCGCUCCGAAGGUACCGGAAAGUUAUAUCGGCGAUGUACGGAAGCGUUUUCGGUUUUACACAGUUCUAGACCCGAAUCAACUUUCAGGUCAGGCGCAGGAGGAAGUUGACAAACUACUGGAAAAGUCGGAAGCCAACAGCCAGCCAAAGAUUCUGAUAGAGCGUUCAGUCUUUUCUCAGAAACAUUUUGACGAGAGUUACGAGGCUGUUAGCCACCCUUCACCAACACUAAAAGAAGUUGUGCACAAGAAGCUGUCAAAAUGUGUAUGCUCAGGGUCAUGUUUGAAGAAAUUCCUGUUUGGAAUGUUUCCAUUUAUAAAUAUUAUGAAGGACUACAGUGUGAAGGAAGAUCUUCCAAGCGACAUUGUGUCCGGAUUAACAGUCGGAAUAAUGCAUAUUCCACAAGGUAUGGCCUAUGGUAUGUUGACUACACUGCCACCAGUCUAUGGCUUGUACAUGUCAUUCUUCCCGGUGCUUGUUUACUUUUUCUUUGGAUCCAGCAAACAUAUCUCUAUGGGUACUUUUGCUGUGGCAUGUCUUAUGAUUGGCUCAGCAGUCUCCAAAGGGAUGGAUACUGUGUCAAUACCCCAUUCAACAGCUGGACUGGUUACUGUCGCAGGAAAUCAAACAGGGAACCAGACUAACUUAACUGCCUCUGCGGCAGACGACACUUCUACCAUGUCCCGUGAGGAAGUUGAUCUCAGACUACAGUUUGCCAUGUCAGUUACAUUUCUUGUUGGAGUCAUUCAGUUAUUGAUGGGUGUGCUUCGGCUGGGAUUCAUCACAGUGUACUUGUCGGAUCCACUGAUCAGUGGUUUUACAACCGGGGCAGCAUGUCAUGUCUUCACCAGUCAGAUCAAACAUGUAUUUGGUGUCCAGACAGCCAGAUACAGUGGUGUAUUUAAACUUGUAUAUACAUACCGUGAUUUCUUCUCAAACAUCGAUACAGCAAAUUACGUCACCAUUUUACUGUCCAUUGUCUGUAUCACCAUAUUAUAUUGUACAUCGAGAUUUAUAAACCAGAAUCCCAAACUUAAACCCAGGAUGUUCAUGCCAGUACCCAUUGAAUUAAUUGUGGUUGUUUUGGGUACAGUCAUCUCCUAUGCAAUCAAACUAGAGGAGAAUCAUGGUGUUGUUGUAGUUUCAGACAUUCCAACAGGUUUGCCAGAGCCAAACCUGAAGGCGUUAAGGCGGAUUCCUGAUGUAAUCUCAGAUGCUAUAGCAUUAGCUAUCGUGAUAUUUGCAAUCUCUAUCUCUAUGGGCAAACUGCUGGCAAAGAAACAUGACUAUGAGGUGGAUGCCAAUCAGGAAUUGGUAGCUUAUGGUCUAUCAACAGUAGUUUCUUCAUUUUUCUCAUCUGCUGCACCAUCUGCUUCUCUCUCAAGAAGUCUGGUACAAGAAAGAGUUGGAGGCAGAACUCAGGUAGCAGGACUGGUUUCUUGCUGUCUUCUGCUGGUAGUGUUAUUGGCUAUAGGACCCUACUUCAGAACCUUACCCAAUUGUGUUAUGGCCUCUACAGUUAUUGUAGCCCUAGAUGGUUUGUUUGCCCAGGUGUUCACUGUACCAGAUUUAUGGUACAAUCGUAGACCUGAUUUUUGCGUGCUAGCCUCUAUCAUCAUAGUUGCUCUCCGAGGAAUGUUUCUACAAGUCCUUGACCUUAAAAAACUUUGGCAUGUUUCAUUGAUAGACUUUUUUGUAUGGAUAGUGGCCUUUCUAGCCACAGUGUUAUUGGAUGUUGACCUUGGACUUGGUGCUGCUGUCAUUUUUAACAUUGUCACUGUGGUAGUGAGAAGCCAAAGACCAUAUGGGUGUGUUUUGGGACAGAUGCCAGGAACUGAUUUAUACAGAGACAUGCAUAUUUAUCAAGAGGCGAAAGAGAUCCCAGGAAUUAGAAUAUUCAGAUUUGAGCAUUCUUUGUUCUUUGUGAACACAGAACACUUUAAAACACUCCUAUUUAAGAAAACUGCCAACCCUAGAAAACUGAAAAUUGCUCAAAGAAAGAGGAUGACAGAGAAAGAAAAGCUGAAGGAUAAAAAACAGGAUGAAUCAAUUAUUAUUGAUCGACAAGAUUCUACAAAUGAAGCCGCUCAAGUACAGCUGCAAUCAAAGUCAGGAGAGGUCAAGGUCAUGGUAGUAGCAGACAGCAAACCAAAAUGUCCACAAGAAGUUGACUUUCACACAAUUAUUCUAGACUGUUCACCAUGGAGUUUCGUUGAUUCAAUGGGAGUGAAAGUAUUAGCUGCUGUAAUAUGUGAAUACAAAUCAGUAGGAAUAAAUGUGAUUCUGGCAAAUUGUAAAGGUGGUAUAAGAGACAUGUUUGAGAAGACGAAGUUUUACGACACUGUUGACCAUUCCAACAUCUAUGUAUCAGUACAUGACGCAGUUCUCCAUGCCUUACACAUUGAAUCUCCGGACUUCACAGAUCAGGUUGAAGACUUUCAGAAUGGUUUGUGUAAAGAGAAAAGAAAGGCAAGCAAAGUUGACUUCACUUUAGCAGAAGAUUCAGAUGAAGAGAAUGCUUAAGCAUAAUUUACAAGCAGGAAUUGUACGAAAGUGUCCGCUUUCUUGGUAUGAAGUAAAAAUGUCAGCAAAAAUGAAAGAUACAGAAACAUGGAGGAUUUUAAACAGCUUGAAAAUUGUAGCUUUUUUUCUUGUAACAUUGCAAAGACGUGCUUUGUUUAUUUCUUUUCUUGUAAUGUUUGGAUCAUUUGCAGGCUAAUCAUUCAUUAUCAUUACCAGUAAAUAAACAAAAUGCUAGAUAAAUUAAGUUUUAUUCAUUCUACUGAUGAAACUUACCUAGAAUCUCCAGGUUAAUAGUCUUUUUGCUCAGAGUUCCCUUUUUUAUAAGUGAUACUGUUGUUUAAAAUGCAUUUAUUUGUUUGAUGCCCAUGUGUGUGUGUGUGGGGGGGGGGGGAUGAGGGGGAGAAUCUUCCACAACCAUUAAAAAGUAGAAAGUUACCCUAUGAUCAAAAUUGUAUCCUCAGGAAAACAGACACACUAAUUAUUCGUUUAAAAAUGCUUACAGGGAGUUACAUUGACUCUACUUGUAUGACUGGAUCAGUCAGAGUUGUGCCUUAGAUAAGCUUAUUCCUUGGUGUUUGUCAUGCAGUAAAUUCUGAUUGUUGAUAAAAUUAUGAAUUUGCAUGUAGGCAAAUGUUAUAUGGUAGUUUCACAAGCAAUCCUUGAAAUGUGAAUUUCCCAUAUAUGGGGAGUUUUGUAUUAGUCUACUUUGAAAGAUGGAGAGUAAAUCAUAAACUUUUUUACCUUAAAAAGUUACACAAAAGUACAUGUAUUUAAGAUCAACCCCCGGGAUUGGAUAUUUCCAUAUGUGGGUAGUUUUGAUACAUUUCAAAAAUGUAAAAGAAUCCGUAGGUAAUGGUGUCACAUGGUGCAGAUAAAGUGUUUCAUAGCCAUGUUGUUUGUAAAUAAAAUUACCUUAGGCAAGAUGAAUUUCUGUUAAUACUGUCUAUGUUGUCUGUUUACAUUUAUAUAGUAUAAGUAUUAUUGAUCAUGUGCUGAACCACUGAAAAAUUGUUGAUGUUUAUACAAAAAUGGCUAUCAUUGCUGGGUUUUACAGUGUUUUAUCAUCAUGCCAUUACUAGAUUCGUAUUUAUCAUGGUUUGAAGUUUAUCUGGUGUAAACUAGAUGGUUGACAGGUGCUGUACAAAAAUCUCAUUAAAAGGCUGACCAUAGUGUUCUUGGGUGACAUUUUAACAAAAGUUUUAAGGGGCUAGUUCUCCCAUUAUGUAUUAUACCUGUUUAAGCUGCGAAUCUUUGGUGGGGGAUAAUGGUAAUCAUAGUCCUCUUGCUUUUUAGCCUAUUUCGAAGAAUUUAAAGAAUAAGUAGAGCUAUCCUACUCACCACAGCGUCGGUCUUGGCGUCACGCUCUGGUUAUAUUUUUCAUACCAGUCCACAUUUUGAUAAAAUCUCUGAAACUUUCAACACUUGUGUACCAUCACCAUGUCUAGUUUUAGGCAAAAGUACAUAACUCCAUCAAGGAUUUGGUCUGAAUUAUGGUUUUGUCAAAACUAUUUGACAUGUGUCUUUGAAACUUUGAACACUUGUUUAUCGUCAUGAUCUGCAUCUGUAGGCAAGAGUACAUAACUCUGUCAACUAUUUUGGCUGAAUUAUGACCCUUUUUUGGACUUGGAAAUUGGUUCAGUUUUCGUACAGGUCAACUUUUUGUCAAAACUACAUGUAUUUGACAUGUGGCUUUGAAACUUUGAACACUUGUUUAUCAUCAUGAUCUCCAUCUGUAGGCAAGAGUACAUAACUGUGUCAACUGUUUUGGCUGAAUUAUGGCCCUUUUUGAACUUGGAAAUCAGUUAAUUUUUCAUACCAGUCCAUAUUUUGCCCAACCUGAUUGUCAUACGGCUUUGAAACUUUGACCAAAACUUUGACCACAUGUAUACCGUCAUAGUCUACACAUGUAGGCAAGACUACAUUACUAGGACAAGGACUUUAUCUCAGUUAUGUCCCUUUUUGACAUAGAAAUUAAUUAAGUUUCAUAUACCAUUAUAUAUUUUGUCUAAACUGUUUGAUAUAUGGCUUUGUAACUUUGAACACUUGCUUACUAUCAUGGUCACACAUUGCCAUAUAGUGCAAGACUUAUCCAGUUCCACAAAUGCAGGUACGUUGUCUUAUCUAUUCUUUUUCUUUUGUCUGAAAAUCUCUGGUAAUAUUUUGACCUCAUACUUCCAUCAAUUCUUCGAAUAGUCGAGAGCGCGCUGUCGACAGACAGCUCUUGUUGUAUAGAAUCUCAUGUGUAAUAUGUUUCAGUGCAUUUACUUGCAUAUUUCUGUUAAAGUUAUGGAAAGAUCUUCAGUCUAGAAAAUGUUCCUUGUUAAAAGUACAGCGCUUUUUUAACAUUUUCUCUUAUUUUAGGUUUCAUAAUUUUUGUGUAUUUGUAUGGUACAAUAUUUUCAUGCUCUUAUGUUUUGAAUAAUUAUUACAAUUUAUAUCGAAUUUCUAUUAAAUGGAAUGUAAAAACAUAAAAAAAUGUAACUUACAUUGUAUUUUUAUACUUCUGAACAAUUUGUAUAUUGCUUAAUAAACAUCGAUAUUUGUGAGGAA